AUGGGAAAUUCUCCUCAUCGGAGUAUUUCAGAUCCAUCUGGGUCUUCCUCGCAGUCCUUAAUAGGUUAUGAUUCUCCUUCAUCAAAUAGCUUUACUAUAAAAUCAGCUCCUUUAAGUGAUACUCACUCAAACAAAGACCCAGGCGAAAUAAAUGAUAUUGAUGAAUUGACUAUUCAAGAGGCAAAAACUCAUUUAAAAAGUCUAGGGUUUUCAUCAACCAUGAUAAAGCAGGCUUAUCUCAGAGGUGCUACAUCGAUAGAAGGAGCCUUAGAUUUAUUAACAAACGGGAAGCUGGAAGAACAAAAUUUUAUGUUUUCCUUUACAAAUUCAUAUUGUCCUAUCUGCAAUGAAAACUUAAAUGAAGUUAACCAAGUAGUCAUCCCUUCAUGCUUUGAUAAAUUUUGCAAAAGGUGCGUGACAUACUAUCUUCAAUUGAGAAUUGAAGAAGGACAAAUUCUAUCUAUGCCCUGCCCAAGGCAUGAUUGCGCAAGUGAAAUCCCAAUAGAAAUUAUAAAGAGCUUGCUUCCUCAAAAUUUGAUGGAAAAGUAUGAAAGAUUUAAAAUUAAUGAGGCUUUAGGGAGAGAUCCAAAUUUAAAGUGAUGCCCAAAACCUGAUUGUCAAGGAUAUGAUAUCGGGAAUAUGAAUAAAAGCAACCUGACUUGCAACACAUGCGGGCACCAAUUUUGCUACUAUUGCCUAGAGCCAUGGCACGGGAUGAGAAAAUGCAAGUCAAAAACUGAUUAUGAGCUUGACAAAUGAUCCAAAAAAAAAGGUGUAAAAUUUUGUCCUAAUUGUAAAAGACGAAUAGAAAAGCGUGAAGGAUGCGACCACAUGACAUGCCCUAAGUGCCGCUAUGAGUGAUGCUGGGUUUGUGGAAUGAAAUAUAAUGCAGGCCAUUUUGAUUCUUGCGAAGUAAAAAUCAUUAGGAAAAAAAAUCCCCCACUAUGGGUAGUUUUAGGACUCUAUUUUUCACCUAUUUGUUUUAUUUUUUGUGUCAUAAUUCUUGAAAUUAUUGCAAUAGAAAAAAUAAUUGAAGAUGCAGAUAGCCGUUCUAACCAUUUGAAAAAAAUAUUAAAAAUCAGAGUUUUAUCUUAUCCAAUGGCAAUUAUAUUAGGGAUUAUUUUUACGCCUUUAGCGUUUGCUUUGGCUCCAUUCGUAAUUGGAAUUGUUGUUAUGAUUGAAUGCAUGAGAAAUUCUAAAAUAUGCAGUUCUUCUAUGGCUGUGGUCUGGGGAUGAGUUUUAGGGAUUAUUUUAUCACCAGUUGUAGUGGUAUCGAUUUUUCUUGGGAUUGUUAUAGGCCAUAUUGUAGGGCUUGCUUUUAUUCUCUUCAAAGCUUAUAUUGCUGUAAAUAGGCUAAAAGAUCCAACAUAUAUGAAGCCCACAGCGAAUUAUGGAAAAUUCUAG